AUGCCCUUAUUUGCAUUCCAGUCACAGAGCAGAGUCGGAAAAAGGGAUGGUCGAGAGCACGUACAAGUAGAAGUUGGGAGGGUCGGUGGGAUUACUAAAGUCAGUUUUUGAAGAAUUGGAAUGAAUGAGCGCUUCGAUGGACCGGAAGACGGACUUCCCUGAAACCCAGGGGCACUGUUUUUGGAAACCCGGACUUUCGCUCAACUUAUCACCGCCUCAGGUUAUGGAUACGCCCAGAACCAGCAAACCCAAUUUGAGACGAGUGAAGUCGGUAGAUCCACAAACGGCGGCCGUUUCUCUCUUUACUUUUACGUAAUUCCGAUUCCUCAAACGGCCAAUGGCCAAGUAGAGGCGACGUUCCCUUUGCACCUCAUUCCAGGACAAUUAGGACCCCAAGACGCCAAGGUAGACGUCAGAGGUGAGGGCCCAGGCAAGAACCAAUACUUUUAA